GACACUGCACGCGCAACAGUGCUGCACGGUCAUGACCGGUGCCGCCUUUUUAGAUUGUUCACUAGGUUUUGACACACAGCCAGUGUGAUUUAGAGAAGUGUACUCCGAAAUGAUGUGUGGUUGAACAUGACAGGCCCGAUGACUCUUAUGCUGUCCUCACCACAAACCAACUCCGUGCGAGAGUUUGUGCUUGUGCGUUGGCUGGUGUCAAUGCUGCUUCACACAGCGCGUCUUCCUCAUUAAAACACCGGACAUAUGAGCACAAGGAACUCGACAAAUGCGACCUCCAUCACUCAGUAACAAUAUAACUUCCCAUAAAGGACUCAACUUAUAAAAAGGAGACGUGCUUGUUAUGGUCUGAAUGGGGAUGUUGUGAAAAAACCGCCUGGACGUCGCCACCAAAACUUCGAGGGAGCCUCAUUAAUCUGUCAGCAAUUCAUCAUUUUUUUAUUUAAUCGGCUAUGGAUCCACCUGAAAGCUCAGGGAACCGCAUUGGUCGCACUAUUUGGACCGUUUGGGGUUAUCUGUCAGGGGCUGUUGCACGAUAUCUCAGACCGGAAGUCACAGAUGAAGGAAACCAAAGUGUUCGUACCAGAACAGAAGAUAUUGACUUGAAAAGUGCAGUAAACAAGAUUAACACAGAAGUAACGGCAAAUAAUUUCAACAAUGAAGGGAAGAAAACUAAUCAAAUUGACAGUGCAGAGGUCAAGUGUUCCCCAUCUAAUGCCAGAGUGCAAGUGGCUUCUGUGCCGUGGGAAAACACUGAUGUGGUCAAGGACGACAGUAAUGAUGAACUUCAUGUUCACACCACAAAAAAACAAACUUACUAUUGUGCAGUGUGGUCCACUGGGACUGAUACAGACAACGAAGGACGCAUGGUUGGCGCAUGUGUUGAGAAAGAAGCAGUUUCAUCCGAUGAGGUUCAGGCUGAAAAAGUAUAUGCAAACAAUGAGUGUAAGGAGAGUGAAACUGCACACGAGUUGGAAGAAACUGGAAAGACUGAACAAAAAUAUGGUGACAAUGAAGAUGAAGAAGAGCGUGAUCAGAAUCAUGAGGAUGAAAAGUGUGCAAAGAAGAGAGAAGAUGCAUAUAAGACAGACGUAAUGGUCCAAUUUGAGCAAGAUGUAGAACAGGAAAAGCAGAUAAACAUGGCGAACCAUGGAGAGACAGAAGGCAUUGCCGGUUUUAAACAUGCAGAUGAACAUCUAAUUGAAGAAAAGGAGAACGAUUUAGACCAGAAGGAUCAGGAGAAAACUGAGAAUGAUGAAGAACAAGGACUUGAAUCACAAGUUCAAGAUUUGCAGAAGAGUGAAGAUCCAGAUAACGCGGACGAAAUGGUCCAAUGUGAGCUUUAUGGACAAGAUGUAGAACAAGACAAACUGAUAAACAUGAUGGAUCAUGGAGAGACGGGAGGCAUUGGAGGUUUUAAACAUGCAGAUGAACAUCUUAUUGAUGACAUGGAGGUACAAAUUGUUGACCAGAAGGAUCAGGGGAAAAUUGAGAAUGAUGAAGACCAAGGAACUGAAUCACAAGUGCAAGAUUUGCUGCCACAGCUGGAAUAUUUAAAAAAAUAUUCUGAUGAAAUUGCUUACGUCUCUAAAAACGAGGUUGAGGAGAUGAUGCCUGAAACUAGAGGUGCGACUGAGCAGGAUAAGGAGAAUGAAACUGUACAGGACUUGGAAGAAAUUGGGCAGCUUGAACGAAACGAUGGUGACAAUGAAGAUAAAGAAGAAUGUGAUCAGAAUCAUGAGGAUGAAAAGUGUGCAAUGAAGAGUGAAGAUCUGGAUAACGCAGACGUAAUGGUCCAAUGUGAGCUUUAUGGACAAGAUGUAGAACAAGAAAUGCAGAUAAGCAUGAUGGACCAUGCUGAGCAUCCUAUUGAUGAAAAGGAGAAACAAAUUGUUGACCAGAUGGACCAGGAGAUGAGUGAGAAUGAUGAAGAACAAGGAACUGAAUCACAAGUGCAAGAUUUGCUGCCACAGCGGGAAUAUUUUACAGAGGAAGCAGAUGACCUUGCAAAGCCUGAAAGGCUGAAAGUAAUGGAAAAAUAUUUUUAUGACAUUGAUGAAUUCUCGAAAAAAGGGGUUGAGGAGGUAAUGCAUGAAACAGAGCAGGAUGAAGACACCACAGAAAGUGAACAAGACACGACUAAAUAUGAGCUAAUGGAGUCAGUAGAAACCCUGCAGAGAGUUUCCGAAGAACUAUCUGAAAAAAAAGUACCAAAUGUUGAACUGAAAAUGACCACAGUAGUGGAUGAGUUUUUCGAAACCGUUGAUACAUUAGAAGACACCCUGCUGUUGGAUUCAAAACAGGAUACUUCAGAAAAUACUCCUGUAACAGGAACUGGGUCACCUGUGGUGGCCAUGAAAACUGAAGGCAUGUUUUCAGAUCUAAUUGUUUGCGAGUUCCCUGGAGAAUUGAGGAAAGGGCCAGAGACUGCAUUGGCGGAGACUGAUUUGGGAUGUUUUGAGGAGAUCAAAACUAACCUACAUGACCUCCAAACUCUUGCAGAAGAGCAAGCAGAAAGGGAAGCUGUGAUCACAUGCUCUGUUGAGCACUCUGAGACCCUGAAAGCAGUUGAGAUGGAACAAGACAUUGAAACUUUAAUCGGAUCCUUGGGUACAACAGAAAGUCAGGCACAUCAGGAAAUAGACAAAACCGAGUUCUCACUCAAAGAACAUGUUGAUUUAAGAACUGAACUGAUUGAAGAAACAACUGAAACAAAGAUCAGUUCAGAAGAUGAGGAAGCAGAACCCUCCGAGAAAGAAAGUCAAUCAUCAGUCAUCAGAAAUGUCACUUUACAGUCACAUGAGCUUCUUGAGUUCACAGAAGGAGAAUGCAAAUCAUCUCUAGGAACAAUGGACACUUUCAAUGAAUCACUAGGAAUUUCAAGUAUGUCUGAAAUCGAGAUUAAACAUGUUGCAGAGGAGCAAACGGACGUGAAACCUGUAUUAACAAGGUCUUUGAGUCCAGCAGAGUUUCUGGAGGAAACUCUACAUCUGCAGGGUGAAUCAGAGCGAUGCGCUGAAGAGCAGGAGAUCCUGGAGACAGAUGUGGUGAAGACCGCUUUAGAGUAUGUAGAAGGAAUAACAAAUCAAGUCUUGAAGGAAAUGAUAGAAACAGAAAUGAACUUCGUACAAGAAGCAGAACCUUUGGCAGGACCUUCAACAGAAGAACCUGGUGAUGCAGAAUAUCAAGGACCAUGUGUGUCAGCUGAUGGUUUUGUCCUGGAAGAAGAAGGGAAGUUAUUGGGUGAGACAAUGGACAGUAAGGUAGAAAUGGAGGUGGAAACCACAAGUAGUGAAGUUCUUAAACAAACCGAGCAACAUAUUAGUUCACCAGAGUGUGAAACUACUGAAGCUGAUGGACGUCGUGAUCAGAUACAGAAGGUCAUUGCUGGAGAAACAGUGUUGAGUAGUCAUGAAGACUUAAUGGAAGUCAGCAGACCUGGGAUGAAAAGAGGAUUUGAUCCAGUGAGCAAAGACCUUCCAGAGGUGAAGACAGAAGGCAAAUUUUAUUUGUAUCUACAGGCAUUUGAGGAAUCAUCUUUGGACUUCACCAUUCAGAAGUCUCGAAUUGCUCUGAAGAAUCCCCUAGUUCGGCCUCCCAAAGACCCCAGAAGGCUCCUCUUCAAGGCCUCGGUCGAACCUCUUGUCCCACAGCCUUCACCAUGUAGUCAGAAGGUUGAAGUCUCUCUUCCAAAUAAAGGGGUGACUGGAUUUAAACUUCCAGGACUGGGUGCAGCGCUGCCAGUAUUGAGAAAAACUGAGUUUGGGAAGAAAGCAAGAGAAGGAGGAGCAGCAGAGAGAACACUACAACCACAGCAAAAGUCAGUUGCAGUAACAGAGGAUUCCGUCAAACAAGAGCAAGUGCCAGCUAAACCCAAAUGGACACCGCCAAGGCAUCCUGGUAUGGGGAGUCCCUUCAUGAUGGCAGAACUCAAAAGCAAACUCAAAAAGCCUGUUCAGGAGUAAUAUAUUUUCAGAUGCAUUCUUCACCCGUUUUUAUUUGUCUUAUUCAAGCACUAUGCAGCCUGGUAAAUAUUAUGGAAAGUUAUUCUACUGUUAUUCUAACUCCUCAGCUGCCGCACAACAUUUCAUUUUACUUCCACUAUUUUGUUUGCUUCUAUCUAAGAAUCUAAACUGCGCACAGACAUUUCUCAUGCAUUUUUAUUAAGAGUUUAACUGAGUAUGUAUUUAUAUUUGAAGGGGAAAAAAGUAUGAGGGAAAUGAUUACAUACUAAAUAUCAAUAAACAUUUUUGCACCUUUUUGCAGCACUUAAACUUUGACUGUAGUUCAAACUGUCAUAGCCAGUGUUUAUCACUAGGGGGCAGCAGAGAGUCACUGCUGGACAUGCAUGUCGUUUCGCCACUAGAGGGCAGAACAGAGUCGCUGGCUGUCAUAUCACAUUUAUAACUAUUUUACUGCUAUUUGUUAUUGUUAUAUUGUAUAUUUCUUUUUCUUGUCAUUACUUUCUAUGUGUAUAAUUAUUUGGCAAUAUUGUAUGUAAACAAUCAUGGCAAUAAAGUACUUUGA